UCCUUUCAGUCCACCCCCCCUUCCCUUCCCCAUCCUGCAGACUUCUCCCAGCCCCAGCCUAUGCCAAAAAGGAAGGGAGAAUACACACAAAUAUAUGUUGCCUCGUCUCCUUGUUUGCAUCUCGCUGCCGUGUUAUCCCCAUGGAGCCACGCAUCUACCCGCUUCUUGCUUUAAAAAAAUGCACGUCCAAAGGUCCCAGAGGAUUUUUAUUUUUAAUUGAAGUCCUCGCCAGUCAAAAACAAAACAAAAAAAAAAACCCAGAAAAAAUACACAGGUCCAACGACUGAAAAAAAUGAACGUCUAUAGGUCUCAAGAAGCGCUUUUGGGGCAAGGCUGGUGGGCACCCAGCUUGAAGCAGUUGCUCAUUUCUCUAGACUUAUUUAGACCCUAACCUGGCUAGGCGAAAAAGGAAGGGCGGGGUAUAGUGUAUAGAGGACUUAUAUUCUGUAUAACGAAGGCUGCCACAGAUCCUCGAUGCUGUAUCCAGGACUGAGGCUUUUAGCAGCGAGGCGGUCAUUUUCUAUGCCACGUUAUUCGGAAAUGCUCCAGGCAGCUCUUUCCUGGACCCCCCCUCUGCCAACGCUCCUCAAUUGGAAACAAAACCCCCAAAACCUUCCCUCUCAUUCCCCCAAAUAAUAUUCAUUUAAAAAAAAAGAGAGAGAGAGAGAAGCCCAGAGAAGUCUUUCAGUCCCAUCCUUGGCUUAUUUUCCCCCCUCUCUGUCUCUCGUGUUCGUCGGCGGAGGAAAAAGCGAGCAAAGAGGCGGUAAAAAAAAAAAAAAAAAAUCAACGCCCCAAAGCCGAUAAUAAUUCUGUCUCAGGGUGCAGAUGUGUGCAAAAACCUGGAGGCUUGAGGAAAGCGGAGAGAAGGAAGCAAACUGCUGCUUUGAAUUUCAGUAGGGGGGGAAAUGGGCUUUUUUUUAUAUAUGUAUGUAAGUAUACAGGAAUAGCCAUAUAUCUAUGUGUCUAUAAAGCGCCUACAUAGCCUAUAAUCCAUGGGUAGGAUGAUAUAGCCUUUGCAAUAGAAGAUCCGCUCCGGAAUCCGUAGCAGCACGCCCCGAAAGAGGUGCUGGGGUGGCCACUGCUCUCUCUGCUUCAUCCAGGCUUGCAAAAGGGGGGCCAGACUCGGCUUUCCCUGCCGGGAUUGCACCCAGCUCCCUUUGCAGGGGAUCUUGCUCUUCCACCCCGAGGUAGGCAUCCUUUUGCAAGCCAUAAAUUGCAGGCGGUAAAGGUAAUAGAGACUGUAAACUGUGGCACAUUACUGUAGCUACAUGACAGAAACAUCCCGUGCUUAAUACUUCAGAGCCCUUGUCGUCCCCCCCACCUACACCGCUGAUAAAAGCCAUGCAAUAUUUAUGGGGAGAUAACUUUAUUUGUUUCCCCUCCAGUGAUACACACGCAGCGCUGGGUGCAGUGCAAAACAACACACACGUACACACACACACACACAUGCACAGAUGGGUGUACAGCGUGGGUGCACUCCAUGUAUGCAGCCCCGGAAAGUUAGGUGAUACCCUAAAAAAUAAGAGGCGCACCCAGCAAGAUCCCAUAUCCCUGCAGAGCAACUGGAUCACGUUAGGAUCCGGUGCGUAGGAAAUGCAGGGCACGCAUCACACCAACGCAACGAGGGAUGGAGGCAGCAAAAAAAUAAAAUAAAAUAAAAGUUCCCCAAAGCGGCCUUUUGGGGGUCGUUUAAAAAACCCCCACACACAAACCUCAACGCUUUCCUAUGUGCAAUGACCAGGGGCAUGUGUGUGAGUGCACACCCGUGCACACACACACACACGCACAGGUUGCUGUGUGCAAGCUUUGCACGCCCCAAGAGGAGGGAAGGGCCAUAGUAGUGGGUGCCCAAGGCUCUCAAGUCCCCUGUGCCACCCAAAGAUGCCCAUGCCCGGCUGCGGCUCUCUGGCUUGCCCAAGCCCUCCGGGUCCUGCCUGGGGAGAAGGAGAAGGGCGCUUGGCUGUGGCAGGCGCUGCCCCCCCUCCCCUUGUCCUCCCAGCCCCUCGCAUGCCGGCCGGGCUCUGGGAGCCGCUGUACCCCGGGCCUGGCACCAGGUGACGCUGCAGCCUCGCCGUCUCGGUGCGCACUCCGGGGCCUGCCGGCUGCUUUUGCCAACAUAUCAGAUACGUUUCACAGGCUCCCAUCAAUAACUCCCGGGGUCAUCAAGCCAAAUUUAUGACUGGCCAACCGAGUCACGUGACUCUAUUUAAACAUCCCAUAUUUGGGCAGCGCACAGAGAAUAAAGAAAGAAGAAUCCCCACCUAUAAAUUCUGCACUUUCGAGAACAAAAACCCCCCUCAACUUCAAAGUGCCACAAAUCAAGGGUAAUCAAAAAAGGGUGCAAAGCACCCGCCAUGAGUUCUUACGUAGCCAAUUCCUUCUAUAAGCAAAGCCAAAAUGUUCCUGCCUAUUCUAUGCCAAGUUAUGGGAAUUAUGGAUCUGUGUCUGAGAUUCAGUCAUCCAGGUAUUGCUACAGUGGGCUGGAUCUAAGCAUCACAUUCCCAUCCUCUGGCUCCUCCAACGGUUUGGACAUGUCUUCAACCCCUAGAUCUAACCCCGAUCGACCUUCCUGCACAGUUAUGGGUUCUUCAGGGCACUCUUUAGCCAGAGACGACCAGACUCCACUAAAUCCAGGGAUCUACAGUCAGAAGGCUGGUAACACGGCGCUGGAAGAUAGAUCUAAGAGCACUGGCGAAAUCAAAAUUGAGCCGGUGCAGGGAACACAACAAGAAGGACCACAACGACAGCAGCAACAGCCACCACCACAAAUAUACCCGUGGAUGACCAAACUACACAUGAGCCAUGAAACAGAUGGCAAACGGUCCAGGACCAGCUAUACUCGCUACCAAACUCUGGAACUAGAGAAAGAAUUUCAUUUUAACAGAUAUCUCACACGCCGGAGGCGCAUUGAGAUUGCCAACAACUUAUGCUUAAAUGAAAGACAAAUCAAAAUCUGGUUUCAAAACAGGAGGAUGAAGUGGAAGAAAGAUUCCAAAUUGAAAAGCAAAGAGUCUCUCUAAGUAGGAAGGCGACUCUCCAAAUGAAGAGUCAAAAAUAUCUCCCCUAGUUUGGUUGCAUCCUCCCUUAAGAAAACUUUCCUUUCCUUUUAUUUUGCUUUUUUUGGGGUGGGGUGGGGGGUGGGGGGGGGAGUUUGUUGCUGAAUGGACUGUGUUACAUACUCCCACAAAUCCAUCAGACAAAGGAGUUCUCUUAUUAGUAUGCAAAAAACCUGCUGUUAGCUUCCUGCAGAAUUUAGUGUAUAGCUCUUUAGAUUGUCUCUUCAAUGUCCGUUUUUGGGGAAUAAUAAUAAUAAUAAUAAUAACAAUAAUAAUAAUAAUGUUGCUCAAAAAAAAAAAAAAGAUCCGUAGCGUGAAUGGGGUUCUAUUUUAUCCAGUCCGAAAUAACCAUGCUCAUAGGAAUAACAUCCAUAAGAUGUCUGGGAUGGGAGAGGAAAAGCCCUCAUCGCAAAGUAAGUUGUCUCAAGUCACAGGAUCUUUCCAUAGUAUCGGCUUAACCUUCUGGGAUCCAGGAUCCAUGUAACUGUGUGUGAGUCCACGUCUGUCUACUUGAGCUCUAGCUACAUAAAGGACCUUGUGACAUCUUCACUUUUCCUUUCUGAAGUCCAAACAGGAAAUGUUUACCUUUAUCGUGGACUGGCUCUGUCCAUGACUUCCCUCCUCCAUGCACUUCUCCUCAACCAGGGCAAAUACUCUGAGAGGAGGUUUUAUUUUUGAAAAAAAAAAGGGUUUGUUUGUUUUUGCUUGGACUUAAGCUUCCCCCCCCACCCCCCAAUUAUGAUUAUUUACAUAUGUAAAGACCUGAAUGGACUAUGAAAUAAUCCACCCCGAAACCUCUACGCAGAAGCACGUGGAGGGGGAAGAAAAAUUCAGAGAAAGAGAAUUCUCUGGACCUAAUAUUAUCGUGUAUUUAUUUGUUGCCGUCAUUCAUGUCGAUUUGCUAAAUGCUAAACAUAUAUAUAUAUAUAUAAAGAAACAACACGUUUGUACAUCUUUGUUUAAAUGUAGUCCAUUUUAGUAACCUCUCUUUUUAUGUUGGUUUUUUUGGGGGUUGUUUUAUUUUAUUUUAUUUUAUUUUUUGCAAGACUGUACUCCGUAUAUUUAUUGGUUGCGGUUUCAUAUGUGAAAGACCAUGGAACUUAUAUUUUGUCAUAUUGAAUAAACGCGAAAUAAUGCACAAGGUUGCCGUGCCGAGAGAGAGGAGUCCUUUCCCCCACACCAGUCUGUCCCCCUUUGCCACCCAGAGAGAGGUGGGCAGGCAUGGAGGGUGCUCUGGCUGGCUAAGUAUCUGAGAGUUAGGCCUAUGAGUGCGGCCAAUAUACAAAGCAUAAGUCAUCUCUGUCUUCAGCUGAGCCCUCAAUGAGUUUAUCUGAGACUCCAGAUCCCUUCCCCUUAGCCGGCAGGUGACAUGAUCCAGGGCUGGAGCUCAGAAAAGCCUCCCCAAAGUAGCCACCUUGCAAAGUCCCCAUACUCUUGGAACAAUGUGAAGCGCCCUAAGCAAAGGCAGGUGAUCUCCAUGGGAGCUCUGGAGUCUGAGUCACUGCAGGGGUCCUGUCCCAGUGGUCAAGCUGGUCCUGGCAUGGGUAGGCACAAAAUGAAGCCCAUGUUUGCUGGAAGAGAGGUUCCCGAGGAAAUCCUGGGGAAGUAGGACCCACUUCCCAUUGGCUUCGAGAGGUCAGGAUUUCACCCGCAGUGUUAGCAGGAGGGAAGCUCUUUGUGGAAGGUGCCUUGAGCUUGCAGAAGGCACCGCGGGGCUGGGGAGGAAGGGGAGCAUUUGCUGGGGUGGGGUUGGAAGGGCGGACUGCCAAAAACCCUGAUACUUUGCUCCCUGCUUCCCCCCCUGCCCCACUCUCGUGGACAACCCCCUAAAACCCUCUUGCUUGGAGUGAUGGGCUUCACAUAGGACAUACGGUACUCGUGGGGGGCUGGUUUGUGUCUGUAUGUGUGUGUGUAUGUGAGGGGGGUGUAUAUCCAGGUUUUUACAUAGGUGUCUGGGGCUAUAUUUGUCUAUGGCACAUGCAAAGCGAGAGACACACGCAUCCUGACACACACUCAUUUGCAAACAGAGGCACGCACCCAUGCCUAUCUGCACCUAAAGGAGACACGCACCCAUGCCUACCUGCACUUAAAGGAGACACACACCCAUGCCUACCUGCACCUAAAGGAGACACGCACCCAUGCCUACCUGCACCUAAAGGAGACACACACCCAUGCCUACCUGCACCUAAAGGAGACACACACCCAUGCCUACCUGCACCUAAAUGCACGCGUGUCCGCAUGUGCGCCUGCACAUCUACCUGCGCGUAUAGCCGUCCACACACAAACACACACCCUCCGAAGGCCAUUCCCUACACGUCUCGAGAGCUAUUUACAGUAGAAACAAACGCUUGAAGAAGCCAAUGGCUCAAUAAAACUUUAUAGUAUUUCCUUUACACAUUUCAAACAAUGGAUCCAUUUCCUGAACCUGGAAACAAAAGUUUCUUUUACUGGCUGCCCUGCAAGUCUUUUAAGGGUACAAUUAGCACCGCGUCUUCAAAUUUCGUGGCUCUAUAUUCAACGUGCUGGUCUGAUGUUGCCUCUGCUUAUACGCUUUUAUUGUGGUGAUUGUAUUUUUUUUGGGUGGUGGUGGGGAUUAGUUACAAGUAUCAAAUAAUGCUGGCAGAGAGACGGUGGCAUUUAAUUUUACUGUCAAGACUUGAAAAUCUCCCCUUUUUUUCUGUCUGCACUGUCAGGUUUACAUCCAGGGGAGUGAAAUACUGCAAAGCAAAGCAAAGCUGGGUGUAUAAAUUUCUGCCUGCCUGGAUCAGUUUUUGCUUAACGUUGUGGUCGCGGACUAUGUGGGCCUUGGGUAAUUUCAAAUAGGAUAAUAGAGACCUAUAACAGCUCCAAUCAUUUCCUUUUUAGGUUUUUAUUUUUAACCCAUGCUGCGUAAAUCCAUUGUGUGAUUGCUCAAGCACACAAAAUAACUUGGCGUAUCCUGGUAGCUCGGCUCUAUUCCCUUCCACUUUCCCCUUCCGCACUGUAUUUUUACUCUUUAGCAAUCUCCUCUUGGCUUUUUUUUCCCCUCCCUUCCUUGAAUCCGUAAGCUGUCAAGGCAAAAUGAGAGUUGACAGCUAAGAGUUAACAGAAUCAGACCCACUGUGCUUUUCUCUGCUGGGGGAGAAGGGAGUGUAAACCCUAACACAUAAAGCUUCAAACUUUUUUUUUUCAUUACCAUAAUGCGAAGCAGCAGUGUAGUUACUUAUGAUUAAUUAUUCGUUUACUCUGUCUUUCCAGGAGAAAAAAAAAAACCAUGGAUCUCUUUCAAACCCCUCACCACUGUCUUUCUUAAAGAGUAAUUUUUUUCAGGACCGAUUGUCUCUCUUUCUCUCUGUCUCUCUCUCUCUUGGUGAUUAUUGUUGCUGCCUGGAGAACUUUUUUGCUACCUAUUUCCCUGUUUGCUGUGUCCAGCCCUGCCCAAAGACGUUUGCAAACCCCAAGAAGGAAAUAAGAAAUUACUUACCUUUCCCUGUCAUCCGUGUCAACACAGGGUGAACUUAAAAUGGCCCAAAAAAACAAACACACUCAAGUUCCAUAUUAUUUCUUUAAAAAAAAAAUCCAGCACAUUUUUUUUGGGGGGGGAGCAAAAGGCUUUUAGUUUCACUGAGAAACAUGAGAACAUUAGGAGAAAUACUCAUGGCUUCUAUGUGAAUUUAGUAGUUUAAAACUUUUGAAGGUUAUUUAUGUGGAUAGCCUUAAGCAAAAGCCCUGAAUGGCUCUCGGAGAGCACGUGAUGUCAUUAAACUAAGUUUUAUGGUUUGGGGGAGCUGACAAACCCACAAUAUAUUUACAUCAUAUAUAAUCUUAACUGUCCACCAUCGCAGCUGCUAGAGCUGUUUAAUCCUGGGACAGUGGGACAAGGCAUUUAGUGUGGAUUACGACGUUUCAAGCUGCUGGGAGUGAAGGUACAUCUCCCCAAAUGGAUCCCAAGCGAUCUCAGUCCCUCCAGACCUAAGGAUGCCGGAGGUGCGAUGAUGAACGCCCGGCUCCUGCUGCCAGCUCUUGGAUGCUUGCCCGGACGAUCCUUUCUCUCCACGCCUCCGUGGCUGGCGAACAACUUCCCACCCGUGAAAGAUGGAAAGUUUGCCCAGAAGAUUUGUGGACUUAUAUGGUAGCAAGAGAAGAGUUUCAAACUUGGCAGAGAGCAUGCGUGGGGAAGGCCUCACGUGACCCCCACCCAGCCAGUCCGGAGCAAGGACUUCAGCUCUAUUGGAAGUAAAACAAAAGAGAAUUAAAGACUUCUGGAGUAACCGGAGCGACUGUGACAUUCACACAAGUUUGCGGAGAUAUCCGUCACCUUCCCCUUCCCCCCACCCCCCUUCUCCAGGUAAUCCAGACAACCUUCAUUAGCAUGAGCCUGAUAUUUUACCCAAAGUAUCAUUGCAAGAGCUUUUUUAUUGAAGCAUAAAUACAGUCCAAGUUCUACCAGAGACAGGGGAUACAUCACGGGACUCGACUAUAUCCAUCUUGCGGCGCUGUCACUGGGGAGAUUUGAAAUCCAGUGCCACGCCGUCUAAUUUGGAAUGGAAAUGUGGCGAGCGCCUACUUCACUAAAGGCACUUUGGCUGCCUGCUCUUCCACGUCGCCUACGUGAUUUGGGCCACUAAGAUGUUGGGAGGACAGCCCCUCCUGGCAUUUUUUUGUUCCUUAAAAUCGUGCUUGUCCUCCAAAGAAAAUCAGAGGGAGAGCAGAGCAGAUCCGGGGUGUCGCCUAGAAGCACCUGAGAGGCAACCUUAAGUUGGUUGUAUCUUCCCAGUGGAGAGGGCAUGUUUUACCCCGUGUUAUAGGACACCCUCAACAGCUGCGUUCGUCUUGAAUAAGACCUACCGUGUCUUCCCAUCAUGUGUUUUAAGACGGACCUGUAACUUUCUUAAGCAUUUUCUGUCCCCUGCACACCAACAAGGAUCGCAGGUCUUAUCACACAAGGCGAGAGUCGUAUGAUUCCUUGAAGCCACCAUGUGCCAUCUGCCUUGAAAGCCGGAUGCAAUCCGCCUUGCAUGCAGAAUACAAUCAGCCUUGAAAGGAUGCAAUCCACCUGGAAAGCAGAAUGCAAUCCACCUUGAAUGCAGAAUGCAAUCCACUGGGAAAGCAGGGUGCAAUCCACCUUGAAUGCAGGAUGCAAUUCGGUUGGAAAGCAGGGUACAAUCCAUUUGGAAAGCAGGGUGCAAUCCACUGGGAAAGCAGGGUGCAAUCCACCUUGAAUGCAGGAUGCAGUCCAGUUGGAAAGCAGGGUGCAAUCCUCCUUGAAAGCAAGCCAACAGAUCGUUUGGGAGGAUUUGAGUAUUUCCAAAUAACCUUUGGAAAGGCGGAAGUUUGGCCCUAACAAAAUGGAGAGAGGCAGCAGUAAGUAAUGCUCUUUUAUUUGGAUUUGAUUUUUUUAAAGCAAACAAAAGCCAAGCCUCUGCCCCCGUAGUCUCCCGAGAGGUGAUUACCCAGAUUUUUUGUUUCAUCUCUCUACAAAAGGGAUGGCUGACUAGACUUUUAUUACAGGAGGUUUUUCCUGUCACAAGGAGGGAGGGGAGUCGUAAACGCAGGUGAGGAAAGAUGGAGCCGGCAUUCCUCAAGGGGCUGUGUAGGGGGACGCUUCCCCCCGCCGCCCCGGAGCUCACGUGCUGGGAAGCCGAGGGCUGUGAAGGCUGCCAGAAGGGAAGGCAGCUUGUUUCCCCUCCAGUAAAUCUAACCGAGGCAUCGGCCCUGUUUUCCUGACCCCCGGCUCACUCUGCUUGAAACGGAAAAUGGACAAGACACGACUGACCUCAGCCCAUCAGAAAAGGCAAGGAUGGGGCUUCUGAAUGAGAUGCGACGGUCUCUUGGCUCUGUAUAUUCCCGAGGUUUCUCCCAAACAAGACCAAAGUACCCGUGUCUUUUCUCAUUCGAAAUGUCUUGCUUCCAUUAGGUGAUGGACAGUUAUUGAAGUAACUCAGCAGUGGGAUUUUAAAUGGUUAUAAUAUGAACCACUCUCAAGGUAACCAUUACUAUCUCUCAAAAACAUUUUAUUACUAAGGCAAAUGUAUGUUUUAGCAAUGCUCAGAUGGCUACUUAAUGUCAUGUUUAUCCCAGGCCAGACUCUCCUCAAAAUAAAUGAGGGUUUAAGAUCCAGUUUCCUCUUUUGUUUAAUGGAGCUAAAGUUGUUUAAAUCAUCGGCUUCCUUAUAAACGUUUCACUUAAAACAAGGCGGCCUAUUCUUCUCCAUUAAAAGUUCAUUCAUCACAAAGAGGAAAGUCUUUCGGGAAAGCCUGAUGGAAAUCGAAAGCAUCCGCCUUAAAUUACGGGCUCGAGCAUGGCUUUUGUCGUUAGGCCGAGGGGAUGAGAGGGCGCGUUGGCAAGAAACCCGAGGAGCAGACCGAGAAACCCAUUGGAAGUCAGCACCUCUUCCAACCUGCUCUAUUUGAGACACAUCCUGCCCCAUACCUAGGGCACCCUUCACUGGCACAGCCAUGCUGCCUGGCACAGAGGGUGGAGAAGGGAGCUUUUUGUUGCCCCCACCCACAUACACAGGGAGGCAGAGUAGCUACCCCUUAGAGAUGCUUUCUGCCACCCUGGGCUCUACCAUAGGACCAGAACAGGGCAGCAAAAAGAAGGCAUACACCCCUUGGUGCUCAGAAAGUGAAUGCUGGAAGGGGCUAUAUGUUGAAAAAAAAAAGGAAAAUUUUUUUCUCUUUCAAAUUUGUAAAAUUAAAUAUCAGUUAUAGCAUGCACCAUGAAAGCCGACGUGUCUUACCAUAUUUUCUUGUGUACAACAAGUAUGUGUUUCCUGAAAUUCAGCUGUGGGAAAUAAGAGUGCACAGGAUAAAUGAGAAAAUACAGUACAAGCAGUUUCUGCGACUUAAACUCCAUCAGGGGAAAGUAAAAUCAAGCUGCAGGUGCUGCAAGAAGGUAUCCCUAGGUGCUGGCUGUGAACCCAUUCCCUUUUCUCCGUGGAAGAGGCUUUCAAGGAAAGAUCUUUUUUUUUUCAUUCUGCCUUUCAAAACCUUUUUGCGGGUUUUUUUCCAAAGUUUAUUUUUUUGGAGGCACGGCAUAUGUAAGAAAAUACACGGUUUAUCGCAGGUUCCUAAAUGAUUCCUAUGCAUUGAAAUCAAUUGUCAAACAGCCCCGUUCACGUGAAGCUGUAGCAAAUGUUGAGAUCGGGAAUCAAAUCUGGGUCGGCAUUUCCAAGAGAAAUAUUUUCCUUCCCUAAAAAAAGAAAGAAAGAAAAAAAAGAUCUGGGCUCACCAAAACAUUGUGUGAAUUUCCAUAGAUUCGGGUGAAUUGUUUUAGUCAGGAAAAGAACAUCUCCUUUUUUUUUUUGCAUCUAAAUAUAAUGGUUUUCUUUCCCCCCCCCCCUUUUUUUUUGAAACUAUGUUACAAUUGGCAACAUCUUUCAAUUUUAUUUAAAAAAAUAAAACUUUUUUUUUAAAAAAACCCUCCAAACAAAAUGUAUCAUUUGACCCAAAAUAAAGUCUUCCAAACUUUUUGGAUUGCCAAAUUCUUUUGGACUGACCCAGAACUAAUGUUCAACAUGGUUGGAAACUGGCAGUGAACAGAAAAGUCAGUUCUCUGCAUAUCUCUAGACUAUCAUAACUUUUGCUGAAGUUACGAUAUACUUAAAAUGUAGAUCAUUAUUACUGUUGUACAACCGACAGGCCGGAAGACAGAGGCUCCAAUGCAGCUGUGACCACUUAGAUCAAAUAAGCAUUGCCUCUCUUGGGCACGUAGACCUCCCCUGAAGACCAGGAGGGCUUUGAAUUCCUAAUUCCAGUUCAGCCCAAAUAUUCCAGUCCCAUUUUCAGAACUGACAGUCGAUGGGAAUUAGGCCUUUAAUGGCUUGAUUUCCAAAGGUGCUUGGAGAGUACUAGUGGGAUUUUCAAAAGGUUGUAAAUUGGAAGGGACUCCAAGAAAAGCCCCCAGAAUGAUGAAAGGAAGACAUAUCUUGAUGUGUUUACUUCUUCCAAGAGGGGGUGACUUGAUUAUAGCCACCUUAAUGGAGAAAAGCAAUUCCCUACUACAGCAGUGGUUUCCCAGCUGUGGUCCACGGACCCCUGGAGGUCCACAGACUAUGUCUAAAAGGUCUGCAAAAGAUGACUACGAUCAAAGAAAAGUAUGUGAAUGCUCCCACUUACAAUUCAAAGGGGACUGCACCUCCACUCGAAAUUUCCAAAGGGGUCCGCAUCUCCAUUUGAGUUUUUUUAGGGGCCUGCAAAUGAUAUCCACUGGACUAGAGGGUUCAUUGCUCCAGGACACCAAGGUAUAGCAGGAUCCUGGAAACUGAAUUCAGAUGAGAAAUAAGGCCAAAAAAAAAAAGAUACUGAAAAGGGAGGGUGAUGAACCAUUGGCCUGACUUACUGAGGGCUGCGAUGGAUUCUUCUCCACUCGCGCACACAUAAUCCCACCUUUGCCCAGGUCCCUCCUUUGUCCCUCCUCCAUUUUAUUUCUUCCUUUGCCCUAUAGCUAUUUUUAAAUUGUUUUCCUCACCACCACCUCCCCCUGGUCUCUCUCUGUGUGUUUACAGGACAUGAAUAGACUGUAAAUGCAUUCCCGUUGUUCUCUUAUAUCUCAUGUGUUUGUAUCAAUUCACCCCUGCUUCCCUAUACACAAUAAACUUCUGCAUAAUA